AUGGACUUUGCAGACAGAGCACCGCUAUCUUUAGAUAGAGAUAGAGUUACAUGUAUACUUUUGAUUAAUACUCAUUUAAUUAAAAAGUGCUGUAAUAUUCACAACACUAUGCUUAAUAAUCCACAAUUUAUGCAACAGAUUUCUCCAGAAAACAGAGCUAUGCUUACCAAUACAUAUAAUCAUUACAUAAGAAGACUCCAAUGUAAUUUAGCCACUUUAAAUUAUAUUUAUGAAAAGUAUCAUUCUCCACAGCCACUGCAGCAAAGCUCAAAAGCAAUUUUUCCUAUCAUUCUAUCAGCUCCUCAAGAUAUGCCUGAGUUGAAUCAAUUAUAUUCCAAGCUUCAAGAGUUGUAUCCAGAAGGAGUUCAAUAUUUUAAAAUGAAAUUUGAAGAAAGUAGAAAACAGCAAGCUUUCCAACAACAACUGCAGCUACAACAACAACAACAUCAACAACAUCAACAACAACAACAAUCCAUGCAUGCACCUCAACAACAAUCACAACAAGUACCACCACCUCCACAACAAGUACUUCAACAACAACAACAAUCACAGCAACAGUCACCUCAAACUAUUCCUCAAAUGAUGCCCCAACAACUGGUACCUCAAUCACAACAACAACAAGUACCUCCACCACAAACGCAAUCACAAACACAAUCACAGGCCCCUCCACCACCUCCUCAACAACAGCAACAGCAACAACAUCAACCUCAGCAGCAACAGCAGGCACCACCUCAAUCAAUACCACCAACACAGCUGCAACCUCCACCACAGUCGUUUGAUGAUAUACUUUUAACUGAUGGAUUUAAUCCAUCCAAUGACUCAAUGCCAAACUCGUCUGGACCAAAUGAAUUCAACUCUAAUUAUAACAACAAUGGCAUGAACUCAUUUCAAAUGUCUACACUUUCUCCUCAGCAAAUAUUACAACAAGCAAAUUCAAGCGAGCCAACUUCUUCAUUGGUUCAAGACUUCUUGUUCUAG